GAGUCUUUGCGGUACUUCCGAUUACUAAGCGUGAUGCCAAUUAAGUCGGUUAAGGAUAAGGUUAUGGGGGAAUCAAAGGUGAGGAAACGCAGUGGAGAGUCCUUUACAAAUGAACUUACAGAGCCUGUUAAGAUCAAGAAGGAAAAACACAAGGAUUUGGAGAGUGUUGCAACUAAUGGUUUGAAAGCAAAUAAAUCAAAGCAAAUAAAACGCAAGUCGAAAAAAGAAAAAACUGAGAUCCCUCUAAAAGGAUCUCUAGCUAAGAAAGAGCGCCGUUUGUUAAAAUUGAAAUCGAAGAAGCACUCUGAAGUAGUUAUGAAACUGCUACCCAUUUGGGAACAAUUUCGAAGAAACGAUUCCUCAAACGAAAAACGCUACGAGUCCAUCCAGGAAGUGUUAAAAGCUUCAAAGAACAUUAUACCUGACCUUUGCAUGGCGCAUGACACGUCUAGGAUUUUUGAAGAUUGUGUCAAAUAUGGCACAGAAGCGCAACGAUGGCAUAUUUUUGGUGAAAUUCGCUCACAGCUGGUACUUUUGGUUCAGUCACGUUAUGCCAAAUUCGUUCUAUUAAAAUUGAUAAAAUACGGUGAUAAACAACACAGAUUGGAGAUGUUCAAGGCUUUUCGAGGCAAUAUUCAACGUCUAACGCGACACAAACACUCGUCGGAAAUUAUAGACACAUUGUAUAAUGAUUAUGCUACAGCUUCACAGCGAAAUGAAAUGAUCCAGGAGUUUUAUGGGAAUAGACACGCUCUCAAACUUGGAGAACACGAAUUCUUUAACCUUGAAGACACUUUAAAAUUGCAUCCAGACAAAAGUACAUUGAUUCUUCGUAAUCUCACUGAAAUACUAAUCAAUUUAGUGACAAAGGGUCUCAAUAAAUUCAGUAUUGUUCAACAUCUAUUACUAGAGUAUCUGAAUAGUGUAUUAACUUUGAACAAUACUUCACUUUCUGUUACUGUGAAACCUUCCGGUGUUGAUACAUCCCAGCCUAGUGAAGCUGUUGUACCGAUUAUGAUCGAUGAACCAGUUGAUUGUAAAGAAACAAUUCCUAAAUCAUUUUAUGAUAAUUUUUCAACUUUACUUGAAACUCUAAUUGAUGGUCAGUUGGUGCCUAUGUUGCAUACUCGUGAAGGUGUUCGAACUGCUUUAAGAAUACUCUGGAUGUGUAGUCCACAAAGACGUAAAAUUUUGAUUAAAGGUUUGAAGACGUGUAUACGAAAUAUUGCAUUUAACGAACAUGGACAUCUCUUCAUUAUUGGACUAAUUGAUGCAGUUGAUGAUAUAAUACUAUUACAGAAAACAGUAUUUAAAGAGAUAUUAGACGAGUUGGAGUUGUUUGUUAUGCAUCCUAAUGCCCGUAAAGUACUACUCUACAUGCUGUCUCCACGUGAUCGUCGUCAUUUCUGUCCACAGUUAAUUAAUAGUGUAUUAGCACCGGGAGAUACAAAUGUGUUUACAAAAAAGCUGCUUGGUGUUCGUGCUUUAGAGAUGCGUGCCUGUCAGUCGUUGGUGUUGCCUGGUCUACUUAAUUUAGCCAAAGAGAAAUUAAUGGAAUUGUUUAUCGGUGAUUCAACUAAUGAAGCUGCUCUAUUGGCGACAAAAGAUUUGGGUCGUGUUAUUCUUCUUAGUGAAAUUCUUGAUAAAAGUGCACCUCAUAAUUUAGAUGCAGAUAUUGUAAUUCCGUUGUACAAGAGAACAAAUGAUAGUACACGGAUUCUAUUUGGAAAUUCCACAGUCCUCUCAUCUGAUUUGUCAGCAUAUAAAGUAUCCCGAGAAUUAGUCUUGGAAGAGCUGAUCACCUGUCUACUAGUUCCUGAAUUCAAUCCAUCAGGUGAUGAUGAUGAUAGAGCAGUUCAGUCUAAGCCGUUGGUUAGUCGAGAUGAUUUACGUUUGUCUCGACAUAAAAUGGCUGUAUCAUUGGUUGAAGGAUAUUUGGCCAAGUUGAACAAUCCGGAUAUAAAGUCAUUCACUGGUGGAAAUGAUUCUGAGGAAGACUCUGAAGAAGAUGAAAAGCAUAUGUCAGUCGAUGAAAUUUUCACAGAUCAUAAGAGUAAUUUGAAGCCAUUCAUUGAAAGACCUGAAGGAAAUAUUCUUAUUUGUCGCCUGUUGCAAGGGGAAAAGAAACACAAAGUUUUCACUUUCGGUCAACUCAUUGUGAAAAAUGUACCAAUGGAAAAUUUUCAAUCUUGGAUAAAAUGUAAUCGUACAUGCUUCAUCCUUGUGAACCUAUGGGAACUUGGUGACCCGAUGAUCUGUGAUCGACUCCGAGAAGCCUUAAUACCUGUCAUGGACACUUUGAAGAUAUCACCUUUAUCUGUGGAGUUAGAUAUACAAUCUAUGCGGUGAAGUAGAAUAUUCAACAUCGAUGUGAACACCUUCCUAUAUGGCUCAUUAAUGGUGAAUUUAGACUAAUCAGAUGGUUCAUCUUACAACAUUUAAUAAUUGACAGAGAACAAGAAAAAAUUUACAAGAUUUGAAAAGAAGCUUAUAAAAAGUACAAAUGAACGUCUAUUUAUUUAUGCAAUGUUGAUAAUUUCACUGCAAGGAAGUGUUAGUUAGAAUUUUGUGUUUAAAAAUACUUCCAAUGACGAAACAAAUAUGUUUUGCUCAAGUUUUUUCUAUGUUGAUAAUCCACUACGCCCAAUAUUGUCAAUGUGUCAGUCUCCCACACAUAAAUUGGCGAGGUGGUUAGCCGAAUUACUGAGUCCGAUUCGUAAUGAUUUAUGUAAGUAUUCACUGAAAAAUACGUUUGAACUUGUUGAUUAUCUUACUGAUUUGAAUAUUAAAAAUAAGAAAAUGUAUUCUUUUGAUGUUAUCUCUCCAUUUACAAAUGUGCCUCUAACGAAGACAAUUAAUAUUCUUUGUGACCACAUAUCUUCGAAUUAUCCUUCUUUCCCUAUUCCUUCAAUUUAUUUGAAAGAACUGCUUUUAUCAUGUACUGAUAAGGUUCAUUUCACUUUCGAAGGUGAACACUUUCGGCAAAUUGAUGGUGUAGCCAUGGGGAGUCCAUUAGGACCGUUAUUAGCUGAUGUAUAUAUGUCACAUACUGAACUAAUGGCUCAAGAUCUAAUCACCAAUGUCACACUCUAUAGAAGGUAUUUGGAUGAUAUCUUUGUAAUAUGUGACACAGAUGAGGAUGCCAAGAGGUUGUUAAAAAGGCUUAAUACCAUACUAGAUCAUAUCAGUCUGACAUGUGAGGAAGAAAAAGACCAUCAACUUGCAUUUCUUGAUAUACUCUUGUGCCGGAGGGAAGAUGGAUCUAUAAAACGAUCAAUAUAUAGGAAGUCUGCUUGGACAGGACAGUAUUUGAAUUUCCAUAGUUUUUGUCCGAUGAAAUAUAAGAGAGGCUUGGUAAGAUGCUUGUUCAAUAGAAUCCAACGUAUUUGUACAUCUGAUACGAUGGAUGAUGAGAGUAAGUUUCUGACAGACACUCUAGUGGAAAACGGUUAUCCAUUACAGUUUGUCAACCAUUGUAAAAAACAGUUGACCCCAAAGCCUCGGUCCCGAAGAAAAGCAUAUUUCUUAAAGUACCAUACAGAGGGGAAACAAGUAGUAUGAUAUUGAGGCAGAGAUUAAAAUCUGUAGUCAGUAAAACAGACUAUGCAGCUCAGUUUAUCAUUGUUGAGACGACAAAACACCUGCUUUACCACAAACCUUUCACAAACGAUUACAUCACAUCCUACUGAGUUUACCAAUUUACAUGUAUGUGUGGGCACACAUACAUAAGGAGGAGUAAUCGUUCAAUGCAGACUAGGGUGGGUGAACACAUCCCCAAAUGGCUAGAAAAACAGUUUAACACACAAACUUUGAUAAGUGCAGGUGACAGACAUCCAUCGUCAUCUAUGGCAAAACAUAUUAUUGAAAUGAAUCACAGGGUUAAUACGAAAACAGCGUUUAAGAUAAUAUACAGGAAUAAUCAGGGGCGCAUACUGAAGUUUGCCGAAGCGUUAGCCAUUCGUAAACUUAAUCCCCCGCUGUGUGUACAAAAACAAUUUGUUGUUUCACUUAAUUUACCUUGGUAAUCCUUAUCUGAUUACAUUACCAAGACUAGUGUCACAACCUUUUCAUUUUCACUAAAUUUGACCUUUAAUUUUCAUAUAUAAAUUGACUUGACAAGUAAAUGUGUGAGGAUCAGAUUGUUCGAAAUGUAUUGCGCAAAUACAUCACAUUUUUUAGAU